AUGAGACUCUCUGUAGGAACGACUGCUUCAGAUCAAGAUGAGAUAGAGCAAUUUGGUGAGUGGUUAUUGAAAGUUGGUGAUGGUCUAAUAGGUGACAAUAUGGAUGGUGAAUCUGAGAUAUGUCUUCCAGGAGAUAUUGUUAUUCCUUCUUCGGACCAGGCAUUUGAUGAGUUAGUUCAUUUUUCUUAUCCAAAUAUUCUGGAAAACAUGUCCUCAAAGGAUUUUUUCAAAGCAAGAACUAUAUUGGCUCCCACACUAGACAUCGUUGAAGAGGUCAACAACCAUCUGAUGGCUAUCAUUCCUGGAGGGGAAAAAUUAUAUCUUAGUUCGGAUUCCAUAUGUAUGGAUGAAGGGAAUAUGGAGAGUCAACUAGAUCUCUAUGGUCCUGAAUUACUGAAUAGCAUAAAUUGCUCUGGUUUGCCUCCACAUAAAUUAAUACUCAAGGUUGGUGUUCCGGUGAUGUUACUGAGGAAUAUUGACCAAUCCAGUGGUCUUUGUGGUACAAGGCUACAAGUUAGGAAGCUUGGAAAUCAUGUCAUAGAAUGUGAAGUCUUAACGGGUAACAAUAUUGGUCAUAUUGCUUUGAUUCCAAGAAUGAAUAUGGUACCAACAAAUGAAACUGUCCCAGUUAGAUUCCAACGAAGACAGUUUCCCAUAAUAGUAUCGUUUGCCAUGACAAUUAAUAAGUCUCAGGGACAAACUUUAUCUCAUGUUGGAUUGUACUUGCCCAGACCAGUUUUUACACAUGGCCAACUAUAUGUGGCACUUUCAAGAGUUAAGAGUAAGAGAGGUUUAAAAGUUUUACUUAUGAAUCACGUAGGAAUGUCUGCAAAUUCAACUAUCAAUGUUGUUUAUAGAGAAGUCUUUGAAAAAAUAGUAUUCUAA